CCUAUUCUACGUUUUAGGAAAGUGAUGAUUCUGAUACUGAAAGUGACGGUUCUCAAUCCAGUAAUGAGCCAAAUGAAUUUUUUAAUAUCGGCGAUGUCCAGGAUAUUAUUGGUGAUCCUGACAUUACAGAUAUGGAUUGGCAAAAUGAAGACGAACCGUUUUCAUCACAAGAUGAAGCUGAAGAUUCCCAGUCGAAAAACACUGUUAGCAUGGAACCUGGUACCCUGCCAUGUGACGAACCCAAAUUCAUUGUCUUUUAUGGCAUGCUCAUAUCACUGUUCAGCAUGUUUUGCUUCAAUUGCAAAAGUCCAAAUCCUCAGGUGGAAAUCAAAAAGAAAGGUUCAAUGGCUGUUGUAACUCAAUGUUGUUCUAUUUGUGGACCAACUAGAAAUUUUCAAUGGAACAGUCAGCCAUAUGUAUUGGGAAGGCACGCAGCUGGAAAUCUCAUGACAAGUUUUGCCAUUCUGAUGUCAGGUGUCAGCAUAAGUAAAGUGUUUUUACUAUUCAAGCAUUUGGGCCUUUGUUCAAUCACCAGCAGAGCAUAUUAUUUACAUCAAAACAAGUUCCUGGCCCCCUCAGUGUUAUUGCACUGGGAGAAGUAUCAAAAAGCCCUGAUUGAAAAUGUGAAAAAUAUAGAAAAUGCUACUUGGUCUGGUGAUGGCAGAUUUGAUUCGAUGGGCCACAGUGCUAAGUACUGUUCUUACUCCAUGUUUUGUAACAGUAUUUCCAAAAUAGUUUAUUUUGACAUCAGACAGUCAAAUCAGUCUGGUAGUAGCAAUGCCAUGGAGUUGGAUGGAGCUCAAAGAUGCUUCAAGUUUCUUCAAGAUAGUGGACUACAAAUUCCAGUAUUUAUUAGCGAUCGUCACAAAGAGAUUGCUAAGUGGAUUCGAACAUCUGAGAAGGAAACCCAGCACUUCAACGAUUUGUGGUAUCCGCAACCACUUAUAUUGGUCGGCUAUGUCUACUAA